AUGGACAGUCUAUGGUCCCUGUUGGGUGGGUGGGGGGUUGGGUUGGUGGGGGGGGGGGGGUUGUGGGGGUGGGUGUGUGUUGGGGUGGUUGGGGGGGGUGUGGUGGGUGGGGGUGGGUGUUUGGGGGGGGGUGGGGGGUGUGGGUGUGUGGGUUGGUGGUGUUGUGUGUGGGUGAUUGGUGGUGGGUUUGGUGUGGGGUUUGGUGUUGGGGGUUUGUGGUGGGGUUUGUGGUGGUUUGGUGGGGGUGGGGUUUGUGUGGGGUUUGUUGGUGGGUUGUGUGGGGUUGGUGGUGGGUUUGUGGUGGGUUUGGUGGUGGUUUGGUGGUGGGUUGGUGGGUGGGGUUGUGGUGGGUUGGAUGGGUGGGUUUUGUGGUGGGUUUUUGUGGGGGGGGUGGGGGGGUUUUGGUGGGUGGGUUUUGGUGGGGGGGGGGUGGGGGUUUGGUGGUUGUGUGGGGGGGGGGUGUGGGGUUUGGUGGUGGGGGGGGUGGGGGUGGGGGGGGGGGGGGGGGGUGGUGGGGUGUGUGUGGGGUGGGGGGGUGGGGGGUGUGGGGUGUUUUGGGUUGUUUUGGGUUUGGGUGUUUGGGGGGGGUGGUGGGUGGGGGAGGGUUAUGGUGGUUGGGAGGUGUGUGUGUGGGGUGGUGGGGGUUUGGUUGGGGGGGGGGGGGUGUGGGGGGGGUUGGGGUGUUUGUGGGGUUGUUGGUUGUGGUGGUGGGGUUGUAUUUUGGGGGGGGUUUUUGGGGUUGGUUAUUUUGUUGAUGUGUUUUGGGGGUGGGUUGUGUGGUUGGGGGGGGGGGUGGGUUUGUGUUGUUGGUUGUUGGGGUGGGUGGUGGGGGUGGGGGGGUGUGGGGGGUGGGGGUGUGUUUUGGGGGGGGUGUUGGGGUUUGGGGGGGUUUGGGGGGGGGUUGGGUGUUGGUGUGGUUUGGGGGGGGGUUGUGGUGGGUUGGUGGGGGGGGGUUGGGGGGGUGUUUGGGGGGUGGGGGGUGUUGGGGGUGGUGGGUUGGGGGGUUGGGUGGGGUGGGGGGGGGGUGGUGGGUGGUGGGGGGGGGGUUGGGGGUUGGGGGGUUGUGGGGUGGGGGUGGUUUGGGUGGGGGUGGUGUGGGGUGUGGGGGGUUGGGGGUGUUGGGGUGUGUGUGGGUUGGGUUUUGGUGUUGUGGGGUGUUGGGGGUGUGGGUGGGUUUGUUUUUGGGGUGGUGGGGGGGGGGGUUUGGUUGGUUGGUUGGGGUGGUUUUGGGUUUGGUGUGUGGUGGUGUUUUUGGGUGUUGGUGUGGUUUGGGGGGGGUGGGGGGGUUGGGGGUUGGGUUUGGUGUUUUUUGGGGUUGGGUUUGUGGGGUGUGUGGGUUGGGUGGGGGGUUGGGGGGGGGGGGUGGGGUGGUGGUGGGGUGUGGGUGGGGGGGGGGGGGGGGGGGGGGUGGGGGGUGGGGGGGGGGUGGGGGGGUUGGGGGUUUUUGGAGGGUUGUGUGUGUGUUGUUUGUGGGUGGGGUGGGUGGGUGGGUGUUGGGGGUUGGUGGUGGGUGGGGUGGGGGGGGUUGGGGGGGUGGGUGUUGGGGGGUUUUGUGUGGGUGGUUGUGGGGGUGGGGGUUGGUGGUUGUGGUUGGGGGGGUUUGUUUGUGGUUUGGGUGGGGGGUGGGGGGGGGGGUUGGGGGGGUUUGGGGGUUUUGUUGGGGGUGUGUGGGUGUGGGGGUGGUGGGUGGGGGGGGGGGGGGGGUUGUUGUUGUGGUUUGUGUUUUUGGUUUGUUUGGUGGGUGGUGUUUGGUGGGGGUUGUGUGUGGUUUUGGGUUUGGGGUGUGGUGUGGGGGUGGUGGGGGUGUGGUGGGGGGGGGGUGGGGUGGGGUGGGGGUGUGGGUUGGUGGGGUGGGGUUGGGGGGGGGGGGGGGGUGUUUUGGUGUUGGUUGUUGUGGGGGAGGUUUUUGGUGGGUUGGUGGGGGUUGGUGGGGGGGGGGUGGGGGGGGUGGGUGGUGGUUGUUGUUGGGGUUGGGGGGUGGUGUGGGGGGUUGGUUGGUUGUUUGUGGUGUGGGGGGUUGGUGUUGGGGGUGGUUUGUGUGGUGUGGUGUUUUGUGUUGGGGGGGGGGGGGGGGGGUUUGUGGGGGGGGGUGGGUGGGGUGUUGGUUGGGGUGGGGGUGGUGUGUUUGGGGGGGGGUGGGGGUGGGGGGGGGUGUGUGUGGGGUGGUGGUGGGGGGUGGGGGGUGGGGGUUGUGGGGGUGGUGUUGGGUGUGUGGUGGGGGGGGGGGGGGGGGGUGGGUUUGUGGGUGUUGGGUUUUUUUGUUGGGUGGUGGUUGGGUGGGGGGGUGGGUGGGGUGUUGGGUUUGGGGUGUGUGGGGGGUGUGGAGGUGUGGGGGUGGUUGUGUUGUGGUGGUUUGUGUGGGUGUUGGGGGGGGUGGGGGGGUUGGGUGUGGGGGGGUUGGGGGGGGUGGGGGGGGUAUGUGGUAGUUGGGUUGUUAGGUGGGGGGGUGGUUGGUGGUGGGGGGGGGGUUGUUGUUUUGUGGGGGAUGAUUGGUUUUUAGUGGGGGGGGGGGGGGGGGGGGGGGGGUUUUGGGGAGUAAUAGAUGAUGAUUAA